AAUACUGUUACGAAAAUAAUGUGUGUAGUUUAUCGGUACACUGUAAACUCUUAUAAUAUAAAUAUGUAUAAGAAUAAGAAUUAAUCGCUUUGUGUUUAUUUCACACACGAUUGACUGAUACCGGCGGAUCUAUUGACAUUUGCGGAUUUGCCUUCUUUUGAUUUUUAUCGCCGUUUGCGUUUUGUGUCUGUUUACGUCGGUCGGUUUGUAAUUUUAUAAUUUCGAGGAAUUCUAGUAUUAUUACUAUAAAAAUCACAUAUUAUAAUAGGAUAUAGACCGUGUUAAUUUUUUAUUAUUUAUAACGGAUAUACUUAACUGCCGAACUGUGUCACAAUGUCGCUACACGAUUUCGUUACUUUUCACGUUCGUUGUGAAAAAUCACAAUUCAUAAUGAAGAUCAAAACUCCUGAAAACUUCUCUGAAUUUACCGAGAAAACGAAAUUACAAUUGAAUGCUGAUGAUAAUGAUAUUGUUAUUUUAUGCCCAACUACCGAAGGAAAAAUGAUGGAAAUACAAUCCGAUGACGAUAUAGAAUAUUUGAAGAAAAACAAACUUUGUUACAACGCAGUUACUAAAGAAAUUUAUUGCAGCGUUGAACUAGUAGUUAUAAUGGUUCACAAAGUUGAACCACAGCUACCAGACGAUCCAAAAGUUCAAAUGAUGAGUUUGACCAAACAAGUUGAAAAAUUGUCUACUCAGAUGACUCAACUCUCUGAAACUGUUGCAGAAAACUACGCAGAGUUAAUGAACGUUUUAAAAUCAGCGUUGAUGGGAAAUGAUAACGGCCAAAUAGAAAAAAACAGAAAUUCAUCUACUUCAACAGACGAAAUUGAGUACCUAGCCGAACCGAUUGCAACCAUCCCAACGACGAAAACUACAGCAAACGCGAACGACGAUGCUAAAACUUUUGAAAAACCUGGUGUGCGACAGAAAAAGCCAAUGCGAAAAGAAAAGUCACAAUCUACACAGUUGCCGAGUUCUACUAAGACUAUACAUAUUCCAAACGAUAUAAGCGGUUUAAUGAUUCCUAUUAAGGGUACAGAUAGUUCAAAUAAACAGGAUAAAACAUCUGACGGUGCUAAAGGCGACAGCGAUUUGGAUAAUCCAAUUAAAAGACUGAAUGAACACGGAUUUACCAAUACGAUCCAGAAUAUUAUUGUCCUCAAAAGAUUCAACAAUGAUUUUGAAAAAGCGUUACAAUAUUUAAAGACUCAGGCCUAAUGGAAUAAUUUAUAAUAAUAAAUUCAUACAUAUGUUAUACAUAUUUUAUGUUAUUAAUAAUUAUUAAAAUUGUUGUAAUAGUAUAAUAUUUUUUAAUUAAAACCUUUUUAUAUAGAAUUUAAUCGAGACGCGCUCAAAUUUCUAUCCAAAAUGUAUGAUAAAGACAAGAAUAU